AUGUUUCACAAAAUCAAACAAAAAUUCGAGAGCGCUAAAGAGCAUCACGGUGGAAACUCCCAGACCAAUUUUGGAAUCUCAAUUCCAACAGCCGGUGAUAUAUCAAAGAGGGAGAUAUACAGAAAUCGCUACAACCAUGGAGUGAAUCUGGGGUCUUGCUUUGUUAACGAGUCAUGGAUUUACGAUACUAUAUUUGAGAAAGGCGGGGAUAAUGAAUAUGAUGCAGUUAGCAGACAGGUUAAAGAAACGUCAGUUGAUGAAGCUGCUGAAAACCUCAGCAGGCAUUACAAAGAGUACAUUAGUAAAAUUGAUUGGAAGUGGCUGAAGGAAGAAGCGGGAAUCACUGCUUUGAGAGUGCCCGUCGGGUACUGGCAUGUGGGAAAUGGUAAGUUUGUUAAAUCAUUGGCAUUCGAAUCGUUGCAAAAUGUGUACGCCAAGGCUAAACCGUGGGACGCGUUCAAGGAUCUGAUAAAAAAAGCAGAAGAAAAUGACAUUGGUAUUCUAGUUGACAUUCAUGGACUGCCUGGAGGAGCCAAUACGGAUUCUCAUAGCGGUGAAAGCGUCAAAACGGCUUCCUUUUUUGGUAGUCGCUCAUAUGUUGAUAUAAUGGUAAAUGAGGUAAUACCAUUUAUUGUGACCGACGUAUGCCAAGGUAAUGAAAAUAUCAUAGGGUUGCAAAUCGUUAAUGAAGCGGCCUUCGACAAUGACGCCAAGAAACAAAAGAAAUACUACUCAAGGGCGGUGAAGAGUGUUAAGAGCAUUGAUGAGAGCUUGCCAGUUGUAAUUUCCGAUGGAUGGUGGCCUCAGCAGUGGUCCGACUGGCUAGAAAAAGAAAAAUUAGAUACAUCUGUUGUUAUUGACUCGCAUGUUUACAGAUGCUUUUCAGACGAUGACAAGUCCAAGAAUGCGGACAGUAUAUGUAAAGAUAUUCCCAACAGUAUAAACUUUCCGAGAGACAAGGCGGACUAUGUAGUUGGAGAGUUUUCAUGCGUACUUGAUGGCGAAACGUGGUCUAAAACAAAGGAAACCCGUGAUGAAUGUGUCAAAAAGUUCGGCAAUAGUGAAAUCAAGCAAUUUUCUCAGGUCGCAAGUUGGGGGUGGUUCUUCUGGACCUUACAGUUCAAAUAUGGUGACGGUGGUGAAUGGGGGCUAAAGCCAAUGACCGAAAAAGGUGCGAUUCCAAAGAGACCGAAAGACGCAUCAAUUCCACCUGACGAAAAUAAGAUAAAAGAUAUUAUUAAAGAGCAUAACGAUUAUUGGAAAGAUAAAGGUGGAGAUAAGAUGGAACACUGGAGAUUUGAAGAUGCCAUUCGUUGCGCUAUUGCUGAUAUUGAGGCGUUCCACAAAUUUGAUGGCUCUCGUCUUGGAAGAUGGCACGCAUGGUCAGAGCAACGCAAAUUGCAACACAUUCAGGAAAAGGGUGAAAGUGACUACAUAUGGGAAUGGAAGCAAGGCUAUCAACGUGCUCUUGAUGAGUUCAAUGGAUACCACUACUGA